CAAAGUGUGCCGUCAGCCUUGGUGUUGACUACAAGAGUAAGGACACAGCAGCAGUUUCAUCAGAAGUAAAAAAAUAUAUAUGAGGUGUUUUGUUUUCUUUUUGGAUGGGAAUGCUGAGAACACAUAAGGAGUUUUAACUUCACUGCAAACGCUUACAAGCAAUGCUGUGUAUGGGAGAUUCCGGCAACCGCUUCCAGAACCGCGCGCAGCACGUGAUGCGCUCCGUGCAGGACCUGAAGCAGACGGGCAAGCCGAGGCCGCUCAGCGAGCCGUGCGAGCGCUCCUUCGCAGUGACCCGCUUGUGCAAGCAAAGGACCCAGCAGGAGCGACUCUCCAAGCAGCGCGUGUCGCAGGCCAGCGAGGCCAGCACGUACGAUUCGGCCUGCUGUCUGGCCAACCCUCCGGAGGAAGACGAAGAAGAACCCAACGAGCGCUUGGCUCAAGCUUCCCCCAACAGUGAGAAGAGUUUGGACUUUGACUCUGGCUACUCAGAGGCCUCCUGGCACGAUGAAGGUGUUGUUUUGAGAAGGACGAGGAAUGUGCGGGUGUCUUCUUCUGCUUGCCUCCGAACAAACACGGGACCUUCGGGUCGGACCCGGCCCAAAUCCACAUCGGACGCUUGCCUAGAGCGCUGGACCUCCUUUGAGGCCAGCGACCCAGAGGACUGGACUACAGGUUUGCUAAGCAAGAGUCGGAACAGACAGCCUCUGGUUCUGGGGGACAACAGCUUUGCGGACCUUAUUAAGAAUUGGAUGGACCUACCAGAGUGUCCCGAGCCUGCAGAACUAAAGCCCAGUGCCAGGCGGCGUCUCGCCAAGGACAUUUUAGUCAACAUGAAGCGGCGACUGGCCGGGAUGUCUAAAGGUGUGGAGAUGAGGCAGAAACCAGCAGACUCCACACGAGGGAGCAGGGCUGCCGAGGGCCCCAAACGGAUGUCCUGCCCUGUGGGACUCCGGUCGCUUAAACCUUUCUUCCACCAAUCACACACGGGCCUGCAUGCACUCGACUCGGACUUCUACCACUUCGCCGCCCUCAUGAAGACGGGCAGCCGACAGCCCAUAAUAUGCAACGAUAUCAUCGGUUACAUCUGACUCUAUAAGAUCGAUUUUUGUCCAAAAUAUCAACCCAAAUAAACCUUCCUUAUUUAAUUGUU